AUGGACGAAUCCAGAAAAGUCAAACCCACAGCGAAAAAGAUCGACCACCUCAUGGGGGAGAUGAAACUUCUCACUCAAGAAAUGCUUGGGCGCGAUGCAUAUACCAGACGCAAUGACUAUGAAUUCGUGGAUCAAAAAAGUCUAGAAGAACACAAUGUCGCUGUCGCAGGUUUGGGAGAUCGAUGGGCUCGUGCUACGGCUACCCUCAAUAAAGAUGAGCUUGCGGAAAAACAAAUCAUCACCGAUAAAUUUUCAAUAAAGCUGCAAGUACUUGAGGCAGAUUUUGACAAGCAGCAAGAUGAUCUGGAUGAAGCUUUGGACGAGAAGAACGAUAGAAAUUAUAAGAUAAUUCAAGAGGAACAGGCCAAGACUUUUUUGCAAAAGUUCGAAGAAAAAGCCAGGGAUAUCUUACUUUCGAAGAGCCCGGAACAAGAAAAUGCCAUUCCCACGUUGGGUUCCGACCUUGCGAUCCCUGGCACAGCCACUGGCGCCGCCGUUGAUACCCCAUCUACCAGUUUCGCUGGUGAAUCGACGAUGCCUGUGAGUCGAACUGAGAGAGUGAUUCAGGGUCAAUAUCUUGUGGCGAGCUCAGAUGGCAAACAGUCACUUUUCGUGCAUUCUCCAGAGUUUGGCCCCAGGGUUCCUUCAACUAUGGGAGCUUCAGUGGAUUCUUAUCGUAUGACUGCAAGCCUUGGAUUCAGACCAUCUCGAACUGAUGAUCACUCGAUUAAGCGUCAAAAGACUAAGGCCUUUCCAUCUACCUUGAUUGAGAGAGAGAGAAGUCCUUCAAUGAAUGAUGCACCCUAUCUUCGAGACCGUUUAGGCAUUCAGGUUCCAACACAAUCGUCCAGCAUGGCCUCUAACAAGCCUUUUGGCUCUCGUGCUCAGUCCUGGCUCCCCUCUGUGGAUACCGCAGGCCGAGAUUGUGGCCUUGGCAGGGAGAAGGCAGCAAUUCCUCGGAAUGAUUUUGUGCCACGAAAUUCGGCUUCGACUAGAUUUCAGCCAGCUUUUACGCAGCAACCUUUUGCUAGUAGACGCAUAUUGGACUUUUCAAACGGCCCUUCUGCCUUUGCACAAAUCGCACGUCAAGGUUACUCAUCGUCACAAAUCAGUAGCCCUUUCAUGGGCGCCUCCAGAUAUGCAUUGUCGAACGCUGGACUCACCGACAAUGCCUCAAGAAUGGGAGAAAAACAACGCACCGGUUACCGCCAAGGCCAAUUGAUGACGCCCUUGAAGCGAAAGGCAUUGGACGUCAAUUUGAGCGAUCUUUACGAUGAGACAUAUACCUCGAGGACUGGAGCCCCGAUUCAAAUCCAGAAAAAGCCUGAUGGGGUAUCUAAAUUUCGAGCAGUACGCCCGAGUGCAACCAAUUCUUCAAGUGCCAGCGGUGCGAGUAGGAACUGGAGUGGCCAAGCCCCCCAAUUUGGUCGGCAGGAGGGUAUCAAGGAGGAGCCAGCUUCAGAAGUGACCGGUGUAUCUCGAUCUAUGAAUGUAGAGUCGGCACAAAUGUCAAUUCCCGUCCAUCAACCUAGUUAUGUAGAGGCAAUGCAAUCAAAGGUCUUGACUCCAAGACAUAGUAAUGUAGGCUCAUCGGGAAGAACAAUCACUGGCACUGGAUCCUCCAGCUCAGAGUCAUCUGGACCAGUAGCUGUUACUCACAAGCUUAGAAUUACAGAGGCUGAACGAUACUUCCUUCUUAUUCCUAUCGAGUAUAUUUCUUACAAUGCUGGCGCCCCAUCUCGUUCCUUCCCUGUUACCUGGUCUGGCAAGAAAGGUAUACACAAUCCUGGGCAACAUUUCGGUCAGAACUAUAGCCUACAAGUGAAGCUCAGGAAAAAUGGAGUCUUGCACCCCUAUGAUGGCGCUGAUGACAAAUCCGCACAGUAUCCCACGUUGGUAGUCGAUGGUUCUUGGAUUCUAGGUGGCUUCUGUCACAGAAAGUCAGGCAACUGCAGAAUCGAGAUUUAUAGGCCGAGAUCGAGUAAGAAGUAUAUGGCGAAACUUGAGGAAGGCCAUGACCGUGUCGAGAUUCAAAGCGCGAGGUUGAGAAUUGUGAUUGCCGAGGAACGAGAUCUUGAUCACUUUCUUCAUUGGUAUAGGAAGUUGAACCCCAAUGCUGAAAUUCGUCCCGACGAUCGCCUUGGCUUCGUCCGUGGUUUUCAUGAUGAGCGCGGUGAAUCCGACCCGGAAUUGAGAAGAGAGAUCGAGGACAGAGCUCAAAGAUGUGCACCUGUCGCACCUGUUGCAGUCAAUACUUCGGCUUGA